AAUUUUCAGUCUUAAAAUAAAGAAGAUGUUCACUCAAAUUUUUGCACUUCUACUCCUGAUGUUUUUUGGACUGAGUCAUGAAACUCAAGAUGCUGGGAACACUCAGCUGGACUGUUUUUCUGACUUCCAGUCCACAAUCACUUGUACCUGGAACAACACACAGAAAUCAAAACACACCCAGUGUUACCUCAGCGGUUUUUGGAAAUCCAGAGAGAAUACAAGGAAUUGUCUUCUUCUCCCCUUGGAGAAUGAUGACACACUUCGUCAGUGCUCCUUAGUUUUCGCAGAACCCACUGAAAGCAGCUUCACUUCAGCAAGCAUUUUUAAAAUCCAAGUGCAUUGUGAAAAUUCCACUAUGGCAAAAAUUCUAAAUUUUCUGCCUUCAAAGAAAGUUAAAAUGUAUUCACCAAUUGGAGUCUCUGUGGAUGACAAUGGAAAUGCAUCUUGGGCAAUGAACAGAAGUUUAGUGUCCGACCAUUUCAAGACUCUUAUCUAUGAAUUACAGUAUAAAUCCAAAUCAGAUUCCAGGGAGAAGUCCAAGCAAAUUCAAGACAUGACAUUGAUGAAGCUUAACCCUAAAGAUUUUGUAGUCGGUCAGCUUUAUGAAUUCAGGGUCCGAGUUAAAACAUCCAAUUAUCCGAGCUCUUGGAGCGACUGGAGUCAAGUUUAUGAGUGGAAAUCUAAAGUGGGAAGAGCAGACCAAGCUGUGAAUAAUGAGAGCACAUUCAACUUGGUCCUGUUUUCAAUUUUUGCUGGGACAGGCUUUGUCUUCAUUUUGAUUUUCUUAGGAGUUCGCUCUCAGUCCUUCUGUCAUCUUAAAGUACCGGAUCCAUCCAAGUACUUUGACCCACUUCACUCUCUUCAUGGAGGAAACUUUCAGAAAUGGCUCAGCCCGAUGUUUGCCCCCGAGUCGUUUAGAAUUGAUAAGACAGAAGCCAUAUCUCCAGUAGAGGUGUUUGUCAAAGACACAGCCAGCCUUUUCAAAGCAUCAAGCUUCCUCAAACUUGGAGAUCAAUGGGAAAACAGUUGUCAGUCAUCUUCUGGCUUCUCUAACAUGGGGUACUUUUUUUCCAAGUACCCAAGCUCCUAUGAGAUCGACUCUUGUCCCGUGUACUUUAGUUAUGAACCCACAAAGCAAGAGAACAGUUUGUUGGACAAAGAGGAAAACCAUGACGAAAGCCAAGAGCGGUGUGGAGAGCGCAAGUGUGAAAGCCCCACAGAACAUGGGCCCUUAACACCACACCUGGACCCCGAUUCAGGAUUUGGCCCAGAGGAAGGCAGCAUGUUUAGUGGAGAUUUGCCUUUUUGGAGUGGCGGCUCACUUCAAAGCACAAGCCAGCCUUGUGGAGAAGUUCUGCAUAACUCCAGAGACCAACCAGAGAUGCAGAAACCAUUCUUAACACCCACCCACACAAGCUCGCCACACUUCCUGGCUAAUGGGUCCGACCCAUCACAACCAUUGGGCAUUCCUGUGUUUUUUCCUGAGGGUAUGAACCUCAGCUCCAUAAAUGGCUGCCUGUCUCAACUUCCUGAUAACCUCUUUCUAUGUAAAUCGGCCUCUUUGGCCAUUACGCCAGCCACAGAUGGGUAUCUGAGUGUCAAAGAUGUGCAAAACCGCUACUGCAACAAGUCGAUUUAAAACAUUUCGCUUCACUCAUCCUGGAGACCUACUUCCUCUGUGGCAGAGCAGCUCAGUCAAAGUCAAAUAACUCUGGGGUAAAACCUGGAGUAGUCUUGAUAGAAUUAAUUACAAGUCAACUCUACGGACACAAAAGAAAUACAACCAACCAGAAGAGCAUCAAGUCGCCAACGUUUUG